CACUGCUCCUCUCCUCUCCAGGAGUCCAGUGACAGUGAGUUCUAAAAACGUUCCGACCGUCGGCCAGUUACACAAUUUUCUCUAUCUUUUGCCCGCCGACCGCAUUGAUUCGCCUGAGAAGAGAGCAAGCGUCGAACGGAUAAGCAGAAGUCUGCGCCAUCUCCAUCCCCCUCAGCUCACGGAGAGACUUUUCUGAAGAAUCGUCUUCUUUCUCCUCCUGUUCCUCCUUUUGUCAGCUCCACCGGGAAGUUCUCCGAUGUUUGGGCCUUCUUGAUAUACAAGAUCCAAGAAGUUUGAAUUAGCUCCAAGAUCCGCUUUCAAGAGGUUUCACCUCGCUACAGGUAUAAGGCCUACCUCCAAUCUCAUUCUGGGUUCUUCCGUUCACUAUGAUCAUUCUGUUUUGAUUUUGAAUCCUCAAAACCCUAAUAGUGAAGCGUACUCAGAGAGAUCGACAGUUGUUGUUUGUAUGAAAUUAAUGUAGAAAAAAAAAAUCGCCAUGUCAAUUUUUCACCCAACGAACUCAAACCCUCGAUCAAAUUCAGUAGUGAACUGUGAGCAGGUUGAACUCAAGCAUUUUCUUGAUUUUUCCUUUCAUAGCUUAUGCUCGAUUCCUCUGUAAUUAAGCUAGGCUAAAGAAGCUUUUUCCCCUCUGAGAUGGAUGGUACUGAAUUUAAAUGUUCUGUCCUGGUAGUCCUGUAAGGCUGCAACAUGUAGCCGUCGAAGUACCCAAAAGCUUGCAGGUCUACAGACUCUAUUCUUGCUUCUCAUAAUCUUAUAACUUCUAUAUACCGCUAAUGGAUAUGAGAUGCUACUCUUUUUGCAGGAAUGAUUUAGUAAUGCUGUCGUGGAGUGUAUAGUCGGAACGAAACCCAUUUAGUUAAUCCCAGUUCAAGGGGAUUCUGGUUUCCUUUGGAUGGCAAAGAGAAUGGAAACUGGGGUGGAUAGAAUCAGUAGCUUGCCAGACAAUGUCAGAGAGGAGAUUCUGAUGUUGUUACCACUACGGGAUGCAGCCAAGGCGAGUCUCCUAUCAACUAAAUGGAGGAACUUGUGGGCCAAUAUUCCAUGUCUGGUCUUUGAUCGAAGCUUUUGUCCAAUGGUAAGAGUUUGCCAACAUCAAGAUGCAGCGAUCGGCAAACUAAUGCUGAAUCUCUGCACAGUUCUGUUCCUUCACCGUGGGCCACUGCGGGAGUUUUCACUCUCGCUUCCUCUGCUGAGGAGCUUUCCUGAUCACAUAGAAAGGAUCUUGGUGUUUCUUCAAGAAAAACAAAUCGAUGGUUUAACCAUCACGUUGGAAAGUCAGUACAGGUUUCCUUGCUUCCCAUCCUAUAAGAUUGAGUGCUACCAGCUUCCAAGGCGUGUGUUCUCAUCAUUUUCACGACUGAAAACUUUGCGCUUGUGCUGCUGCGAAAUCAAAACCUCCCCUGUUUCAUUUGAUGGUUUCAGGAUGCUUACUGUCCUUGAGCUUAGAAAUGUGAUCUUCAGUGAUGGGUACUCUUCUACUCCUUGGAGCUUUAAAUGCCCGCUACUUUCAGCUUUGACCUUGGAUGAUUGUGGUGGUCUUUUCGAAGAGCCCGACAUUGUGAUAGAAGCUCCCAAACUCAGCAAUUUCCGCUUUGUUGGGAAGUUCAGCUCUCUUCAUCUGAAGCAUACUCCACUUCUCAAAACCGCUAUCCUCAACAAACAAUUUCCUCCCACUGAGCACAAGAAAGACGGCCCCUCAAAGGUGUUGCAAAUAUGGGGUGGCCUUGCUGCUGUGGAGUCGCUUUCUGUGUCCGGUCACUUCUACCAGUACCUAGCGAGAGGUAACCAAGCAAUUGAUCUCAGCCCGUUGGAGAUGGUAACGCAUAUGACCUUGGAUGAACUCUGGUUUAGCGGACGGAUCUGUAUGUGGUCUGCUCUUUACAUGAUUAUGAAAGCACCUAAUUUGCAACGCCUGACGAUUUCGACGAAGAAGAAGCUGAAGCAGAUGUCUGAUACCUCAACUUCAGCGGCAUUGGGACCUAGCAGUGAACUAGAUAAUGGCCGAUUCCGGGACAUGAUCGUUCGUGCGUUCGGAUAUCGAAUGGGUCAGCUCAAGAGGGUGGAAGUGAAGAGGGUGGAUGGUGCAAAACCUGAAAUGAACUACAUUAGAUGGUUGCUGAACUCUUCGCCGGUACUUGCUAAGAUGGAAAUCCAGUUGUCACCGGAACUAUCAGCUGCUGAGAAGAUGUUGAUUCUGACAGCGUUGAAUGGCUUCGAGAGGAUUUCAGCCAAAGCACGAAUCAUAAUUACCUGAAAACAGAUGUGUGCACAAUGCAAUCCUCUCUGUACUGUUUUGGUUCAAAAAUACUAAUCCCUAUUGCAUCUCUAUAUCACAUUCGAUUUUGUUGUUCAUUUUACAUCUUGGUCUAGAACUAGACCCUGGUCAUCAAAUUGUAAAGUUGCUUACCGGAGUUGUUUGUUAUGAUGAUAUAGCCUGGUAUGAAAAAGCAUUCGUGCAUUUUGCUAAUUAACUUACCUUUGGCUAGACUUGGUCUUUUAUGAAAAAGCAUUCGUGCAUCGAGCUCUUAUGAAAUCUUUGGCUAGACUUGGUCUUUUAUGUUCCUUACUAGGAACUAGGAUUCGGUCGCUAACGAGAGCAGGUUGCUAAGGCCUACUAAGUACAUAAGAGUUCAAUGAUUUUCUACGUUUAGUUUUCAUUUGAUCAUGCAAUAAAGUUCUAAAAAAAAA